AUGCUCGAACGGGUUUCCAUUCGAUUGGAGACUUGCGGUCGCCGUCUUCUACGUGGACAAUUGAAGAAGAGGAUGCUACAUUCUGCAUUCUGGGUUCAUGGAGCCGGUGAAUUGGAUUUCAGUUCAACAAGCCUGUUUGGGUUUGGGUUGGGGAGUAGUGGCGGAAAGGGACCAGAUAAUUACGAUGAAGAGAAUGUAGAGGGGGGUCGUGAGAAGGAUUGUUUAAAGGGCCGAAGUGCCACGAAGGAUGUCGUUCGAUUGGAAUUUCUAUACCCAGCAAAGACACUCGCAUUUUUACGAUAUUUUUCGACGCCACUACGGAGAGAGGAUCACGAGUACUCGCCGCCCGGAACAGUGUUUUCUCAUGGAUCUAAAAGAUUAUACACAACUGUAAGAAAGGAGCCAGAACUUGAACCGGAAAUUAGAUUCCCUGACGCCGAAGCCAUGCCAGAGUGGGAUGAACGGUUUAUAAGCCUUCAACAUCUGCAAGGGUCUGGGGAACAAGCUUAUUACGAUCAGGCAUGGUAUCAUUAUCUAAACGAGAAAGAUAGAGGAAACCGUUCAGCUAAGAAAGAUCAACGACACUGGAUGCUCUCAUAUUUACAGUACUCAGACCGACGGAUCGAUAAAGAAAGGAUUGUGACCAUGUUCCAGCAUAUAUCAGCCGAGAAAAGGACACCAGAGGAAUAUUCGAAGAUAGUCAUUGCCCUACUUGAUCUCGGUAUGGUUGAUGCUGCCUUUUCGGUUUUGAAGACCAAUGUUUCGCGAGGCUACAGCUCGAAGCUUGCAGGCUUUGAGCAGUUCAUUGCACAUUGUAUCGACUACGACUUUGAAAUGGCAGUGAAGGCAUGGGAGCUGUUAGAAAGUUGCCCACCGACACACCCCCAUUCACUCAAUACCACCUUGGUUGCCAUAUUGGUGCCCAAUUUCAAGGAAAAGUUCAUUCAUAUGGCAGAAACAAUGCAAAGAGGAAGUUCGAUACAGCGAUUUGUUGAGGAGCUGUUGAGGGGAGCAUUGGAAUCAUUGACAUCUCCACAGGUUUCCCCGAAUGAUUCUCUGGAAUACAAGCAUAUAUGGGACCUUAUGCAAUCAUUAAACAUGGAAAAAAGAAGUGCAGACUACGAACACGUCCUUUUUCACCUUUACCGCCACCAGGAUUUCGUUCAAGCCACAGAUAUAUAUCUUGAAUACCGAGAAUUUGCUGGUAUCAAGCCGAGCGAUAGCGUGUUGAAUGCUGCCCUCCGCGCUUUCAGGGAGCAGCUUGAUUGGAAGGGCAUGCAACUGGUUUUCGAUGAUUGGUUCGCUUUCGGAUCCCAACCUGAUCAACAAGCCUAUUACAUUCUCAUGAAGGAAAUGGCACGCCGGGGCGAGUCGGGUAUAGUGAAGGAGUUGGUAGGCCAGUUUUUUGAGCGCUUUGAGUUGCAAACCGUAUUCCCGUAUAAUCACCUGAUGCAGGCGCAUACUAUCCGUGGGGAAUUGGAAGAGGUGAUCAAGGUUUUCAACACAAUCAAGGGGAUUGGAUUGACACCUGAUAGAGUAUCCCACAAUAUCCUCAUCAAUGCUCAUGCAAAGGCGAAUGACGUGGAUGGGGCUUUAAACCGGGUCCAGGAUAUGUAUGCUGCCAACUUAAAACCCGAUGCAUAUACUUUCACUACAUUGAUAACCAUGGCUUCGGAACGUGGUGACGUUGAAAACACCAAGAGGUUGUUUGAUGAGGCAGUGGAGAAUGGUUUUGAACCAAACAACAUGAUGUAUGCGGCCUUAAUCGCUGCACAUGUGGCUGUAGACGAUAUUGAGGCUGCAGAGACAAUUCUGGAAAAGGUGGAAGACAACAGGGCCGAGAAACCGGAAUCUACAAUCAAAACAACACAGCUGUGGAAUAACUUGCUCGCGGGAUAUGCUUCUAGGAAGCAAACGGAUAAGCUGAACACGGCAUAUCACCGUAUGCGAAAUUUGAGAGUGCCUUUCGAUGAAUACACUUACGGAAUUCUCAUGCAUUCGCUAUGCCUUAUCAACAAAGUAGAGGCCGCCUACAACAUCCUACAGGUCUUACAGGAAGAAGGAUUUCAACCGAGCGAGAUUCAUUACUCUAUUCUCAUGGUGGGACACAUGAGUAGAAGGGAUACUGGAAGGGUUUGGGAUACGUUUCGGGAAAUGCGAAAGCAGGAAAUCACGCCUCAGUCUACUUCGCUAGCACUUCUUAUCCAGGCGUCGGCAUUCUUGGAACACUCCAAGUGGCGAUUACGGGGUGGAGCACUGGUAUUGGAGUCUGCAAAUGAGAUCCUAGUAGAGGUCACCAAAAAGGUCGAAGUGUUGGAUCUUCUAUCAAUGGACCUAGUCAAAUCGGCAACUCCUCCUUGGCUUUUCACACCAUUGGUCUCUAUUUACGGUAAAGAACGCAUGUACGCGAAAGCUCUGGAGAAAUUCGAAGACUUCCUUAAUCUAGCCCAUGCGCAGAGGCCCGGUGGAACCAGACCCACACUUAAGAUGUAUAUAGCAUUGAUGAAUGCACAUAUGAAGGCAAACAACACCGACGGUGUGAGGUCAACGUGGGAGAGUUGCAAAAGACUUGCCGGAAGGUUGGCUAAACCUGUCCAACAAUCCACUACGAACACUGCGAUCUUUUUUAAGCGCCACACCCUUUGUUCUCCGUUCAGCAUUUUCAUCAAAGCCAUGUCACAGGCUGGCGAUCUCACAUCCAUAGAUAUAGAGAUGCAGAUUCUCGUGAAUAUGGGGUACGAGUUCGACAAUAAUGUUUGGAACGACUAUGUUCAAGCAUUCACCAUAGGGGGGGACCUACACCGAGCUUUCGCGGUCUGUGAGAAAAAGUUAAUGCCAGGGUGGCCCGGACGAAAAGGGUACUAUUACACCCAGGCUUCAGAUAUGAAGCCCCAAAUGCCAACCUUCUACCCCUUCAUCCGGACUCUCGAAACAAUGACAACCGAGCUGCGACAGGUUGAGAACUCGAUAAGGGAAGGAAAUAGGGUUGCAGAUGGAUUAAUGAAGGAUUACGACCGAAAUUAUCCGAGGACUCUGGAAGCUUGCCAGAACUUGAUCGACAAGGAACCGAGAAUUGCAAAAGAGGUUGCUUUCAGAAUCGGGACGGAGGUUACGAGGGAUGGAAGGAUGGUUCCUUGGGGUCCUCACUCGAAGCGGACAUAG